CAAGAGGAUUUCUUAUUAAUUGACUAAUAUAUAAUACCAAGGGUUUGUAUAGUAAGGUACUUAGUAAGGUACUUACUAUAUAAAUCCUUGAUAUCAUCGAGUUUCGUGGAGGUUUGUACAUACUACUUUGAUUACCAUUUUUGAUAUAAUCAGACUAAAUUUUAAAAUGGUCAGACGGGACUAAUGUAUUAAAAGGAUUGGCUAUUGUGUAUUAGUAAUACCGCUAUUGUGACAAUACAUGUACAUCCAACAGGUUUUUCACGAAGAACAACAACUGAUAAAAUACAUACAUACCAAAUCAAAAAGAGAAUAAAGGGGACUAAUGCAACAGUUAAAUGAAAAUGAAAAAUCUGUUCGGAUUUUUUUGUGUGUUCUACCCAACACUUUUCGUUCUGAUGAUAACACAGUUGCACGUGGCCCCAACCAAUGUGAACCACGUCUCCAUAUUAGGGAGACAAAAACGCAGCCAUUUCUAUUUCUCUAUCAAACAAACAUUGAAUAUUUCGAAAGUGGAGACAUUGAUGAUACAAGAUAAUUCCACCCAGUCUCGGUUUAAUUCCGAAGAGCAUUUCCUAACACUCUUCACGUCUUUCAAUUCUACCAUGGAGAAGUUUUACAUUUACAACAAUACCAUACAUAACUGGUUACAGAUGAAACCGAAAGUAGUACUUAUAUUUUUCUCUGAUAACUCGAAACUUAGGAAAUAUGUUAGCAGUAUUGGAUGGGACUUAACGCUUAGUGUUGGAUUAAAAUCAUGUAAUGGAACCCCAGUUUUAAAAGAUAUGUUUUUGACGGCACAACAAUUAGUUAAUAGCAAACUGUACGCUUAUGCAAAUGCAGAUAUACUAUUCAAUCGAGGAUUUUUAUCCACUUUGGAAGGAGUUGUAAACAAUACUACUAUUUAUAGAAACCCGAUACUUCUUUCUGGUAAACGUAGUGAUUUAUUACUGAAUGUUCACAAAAUAACGAAUAUACGUGGAGAAAAAGAAGUUGAAAGAGCAUUUAAGAAAAGCCAUAUAUCAUAUGGGUAUGCAGAAGAUUAUUUUGUCGUAAACCGUAAAUUUCCCUGGAAAAUAUAUCCUAAUUUAGCAAUAGGCCGAGAAAUGGUGGAUAAUUAUUUAGCGUUCGUAGCUAGAAAAAACAAAGUAACAACGAUAGACGCCUCAGGAACAGUCGGGGCUUUGCAUCAAAAAACAAAAAGUAGAGUGAAAAAACCUUCCAACUGUAACAAGAAAAUUUUAGGUACGCUCUAUUCAAGACGUAAAAUUGCAAGGGGCAAUGUUGAAUGUUUCUCAUUCGAAACACGGUUUGAUUUUGAUAGUAAGGUUUUCCUAAUGAAAAGAGGGCAAUACACAACAGUUUGUUAACAUGUAUCAUGUGUUUUCAUAUUUUUUGUUUGUACUUAACCAUCUUAUCAUUGUACAUCACGAAAUUAUUAGUUAUA